ACGAUUAGUCCCGCCUUUGGUCGGUGUCGCAGCCAAUGGUUUGCCUCUCAACAGUAUGAUAAGGAAGAGUUCAGCCUUUUAAAAGGCUGACAUUUACGCUUAUACCUGCCGCGCAACGAUCGUCUCAAGAACUAGAAUGGCGAGUACAGUGCCCCUGGACAUCUCCUAUGCCGAUCUAAAAGCACUAUUGGAAAAGAACCAGGGUGUCUUUCUGGUGGAUGUCCGCUCCAAAGAGGAAGUGGACAGAGGCCGUAUUCCUGGAUCCAUUAACAUACCUCUUGAUACAGUAGAGGCUGCUCUGAAAAUGGACCCAGCAGACUUUACACACAAGUAUGGGAUAUCUAAGCCACCACUGGAUGCCCCCCACUUGGUCUUUCACUGCCAGAUGGGCAGGAGAGGUGCAGUAGCAAGAGACAAGGCUCGUCAAUUAGGAUAUGUGAGUGCUCAGAAUUAUCCCGGAGCUUACUCUGAGUGGGCUGCGAAAACGAAAAAGUGACUGCUGUGGAGGAAAAUGUCAUUCAAACGUUCAGCCCAAUAGUGUCAGAGAAACCAACCAUGCAAAAUAAAUAUAUACAUUUUAUGGCUGUUUUUUUUAACCUUUGAUACUGGUUGCUAUAUUUAAAAUGUAUGGAUAUAUGAAAAUUAAAAAUCAUGGAAUCUG